AUGUUGCUGCUGUACAUUGGAAUUUCGAUUAUUUUGUUGAUUUAUUUCUACUUUAAAAAAUGUUUCUCGUUCUGGAAGGAUCGAGGUUUUGUUUAUAUGGAACCAUCUAUCCCAUUAGGGAGUUUUGGUUCUGUUGGAUUUAAGGAGCAUUUAAGUGAGUUUAUGAGACGUGAAUAUAACAAUUUUAAAGAUAAAGGACCGGCAUUUGGAAUAUAUCUGCUAACAAAUCCAGGAGUUGUUAUUACUGAUCCAGAACUAAUUAAAGAAGUCUGUUCAACUAGUUUUGAGCAUUUUCAUGAACGAGGACUUUAUGUCAAUGAAAAAGCAGAUCCACUAUGGAAGAAUUUAUUCACAGCUGGUGGUCAAGAAUGGAGAGAUCUUAGGGCUAAAUUGAGUCCAACAUUUACUAGCGGUAAAAUAAAAAUGAUGUUUCCAAUUGUAGUUGGUGCUGCUGACCGAAUGGUUGAAUAUUUAAAGUUUGAAGAAAUUACUCAUGAAAGUUUGGAAAUAAAGGAAAUUUUUGCUUCCUUCAUGACAGAAGUCAUUGCUAAUGUUGCAUUUGGAUUGGAUAUAAAGUGUCUUGGACACCCAGACAACGAAUUUCGAAAAGUUACCAGAAAUGUCUUCGAGCCACCAAAAUUAAAAAAUUUUGAAAAUUUUGUCAUUUUUUCAUUUCCAAAAAUCGCAACGUUUUUCAACUUGGGCAUCAAUUCUAAGCACGUAAUUGACUUUUUUAUGGGAACUGUACGCGAAAAUAUGGAAUAUAGAGAAAAAAAUAACAUCAGGCGUAACGAUUUCUUCCAGUUGCUGAUUGAUGUGAAAAAUAGCGAUGUAGGAAUGAGCUUUAAUGAAAUUGCUGCAAAUAGCUUCAUAUUUUUUGCUGCUGGCUUCGAGUCAAGUUCAAGUAUAAUGUCAUUUUGCUGCUACGAAUUAGCACUAAACCAAGACAUUCAAGAUCGCUUAAGAACAGAAAUAGAAGAAGUUGCAGAACGAUACAACGGUGAAGUAACAUAUGAUGGAAUCAGAGAAAUUAAAUAUUUGGACAUGGUCUUUAAUGAAACAAUUAGAAUAUAUCCAGUUGUUGACACACAUGUGCGAAAAUGUACAAAAGAUUUUAAGAUUCCAAAUACCGAUUUAGUAAUUCCUGCAGGAACUGCAGUUUUGAUUCCAGCAGUUGGACUUCAUCAUGAUGAGAAAUAUUUUGAAAAUCCAGAUGUUUUUGAUCCGAACAGGUUUUCAGAUGAGAAUAUUAAGAAGCUGGUUCCUCACACGUUUAUCCCAUUUUCUGAAGGUCAUCGAAUGUGUAUAGGACAGAGAUUUGGAACAAUGCAAGUCAAAUUAGGAUUGGUGAAACUUUUAAGAAAUUUCAAAAUUCUUCCAUGCAACAAAACCUUGAUCCCAAUGAAGUAUACCCCAAAUUCAGGAUUCCAAUCACCAUUUGGUGGAAUGUGGCUUAAACUUGAGCAUAUAAACUGA